AUACGAAUUCUUGAACAAUCGUCAAUCGUAUUCCGGAGCGACCGGAUCCAAUGACUGAAGUUUGAAAGAGGUUAUAUUAAUAUACCUAUAGUAUAUCUACAAGAAAUAAUACGUGUUAUCCAGGCACGACGCAAAACGAUGGCGGGGUGUACGCUGAUGGCCGGCGUGAUGCUGCUGUACCUGACCGUGGUCGUGCGCCAGAACACCGCUAGCGACGACAACGUCACCGCCGAAAAGGUUUCAUACUUCGUGAAAUCAUAUAAAUGUAUCAACAAUACAUGUAUCUUCAGCAAACUACCAUCAGUGGAAAAAGAGAACAGCGGACUCGAUGGAUCUAUAGACGUUUGCCGUUUAACCUGUGGACGCUAUGGAUCACUUUGGCCAAAGCCAACAGUCAAUACAACUAUAGGAAAAUCUGUAAUCGAAUUUGGUCUCGAUAAUAUUAAAUUUGAUACAUCGUUGAUGGCUGACCAAUUGAGUAAAGAAUACAUGUCUGAAGCGACUCAAGUUUUUGUUUCGUCCAUAAAAAAAUUUUGCGUCCCAAGUUGUGUUUCUUAUGCAACUAUUCCAAUUAUAUCUAUAACUACAAGUACACCAUUCGAUUAUAUCAAAUUGACAACAAACGAAAGUUAUAGCUUGAAAAUAAACAUCGAGGGAGAUCGGAUAGUUAUUAAUAUCAAAGCAAAGACCGUUUACGGAGCGAGAAAUGGAUUAGAAACAUUACGACAACUUGUUGCUACGUACGGUUCGAGUUUGUCUAAAAAAAAAUUGGUGAUAGCUGGCGAUGUUCAAAUAAGUGAUCAACCUAUGUAUGCUUACCGUGGUUUUAUGCUGGAUACCGCUAGACAUUAUUUCCCGAUGGCAACUAUUAAACGACAUAUUGAUGCUAUGGCUCAUUCCAAACUAAAUGUAUUUCAUUGGCACGCCACCGAUUCCCAUAGUUUCCCGUUGGAUUUACCUAGUGCACCAUUAAUGUCGAAAUAUGGUGCUUAUAGCCCCGACGAAAUCUAUUCAUUCAAGGAAAUUAAGGAUCUCCUCAGAUAUGCAUUAGUCAGAGGAGUAAGAAUUAUUAUUGAGAUCGAUUCUCCAGCACACGCGGGUAAUGGUUGGCAAUGGGGUAAAGCAUCAGGUUAUGGUGACAUGGCUGUUUGUGUGGACAAGGGACCUUGGAGAAAAUACUGUGUGCAGCCACCAUGUGGACAGCUAAAUCCAAUCAAUACUAACACGUAUAAAUGGUUGGGAAAAAUUUAUAAGGACUUGAUCAAUGUACUACCAAAGGGAGAAGCAUUCCACAUGGGUGGUGAUGAGGUUGCUCUAAAUUGCUGGAAUACUACCACUGAGAUCACUAAUUGGAUGAAAACCAACAACCGAAGCUUAGACGAAGAAGGUUAUUUGGACUUGUGGUCUCAAUUCCAUGCUAAUUCGUUAAGCGAAUAUGAUAAAGAAGCUGGUGACGUUAAUUCCGAUAUAAUAGUUUGGUCUAGUGGCUUAACUGAACCCGAGAUCAUAGAAAAGUAUCUUGACAAAAAAAGAUAUACUGUUGAAGCUUGGGAAGGAUCAAAUAUUCCAGUUGAACUUGUUAAAUUAGGCUAUAAGGUUAUAAUCGCCUUAAAGGAUGUUUAUUAUCUGGAUCAUGGUUUUUGGACUCCAACUAAUUAUCAUACUUGGAAACAGAUUUACAACAACAAAAUGCCGAUAGUUGAUAAUCCAAAUCUUAUAUUAGGCGCAGAAACAUGCAUGUGGUCUGAAUAUGUCGAUGAUAAUGCUGUUGAUUCUAAAGUUUGGCCAAGAGCUGCGGCUUUAGCUGAACGACUGUGGUCCAACCCAACAACAAAUGCUCCGUCUGCUGAAUACAGAUUUUUACAACAUCGUGAAAGACUGGUGACACUCGGUCUUAAGGCAGAUACAGUGACACCAGAAUGGUGUUACCUACACGACGGGAGAUGUAUUUUAUAGCAUUAAUACAUUUAUAAAUGACUAAAUUUAAAUUGAUUUAAAUUAUUAUUCCAUAUUGUAAUAAGAAUAUAUAUUAUGAUUUUUUAUCAAUGUACAUACAAUUAUUGAAUUAUAUAAUACAAAGGGUGAUUUUUUUUUCCUUGAAUAACUAAUUAUUUCAAUAACUAUUAGGGCCGUAUUCAUACUCAAUGUAUAAGAAUAAUUACUGCUUAAUCUGAUUUUGAUAAAUUAAAAAAAAAAAUUGUGAUAAUAACUAAAACCAUUGCUUAAGGUAGGUAUCGACCAACCUUAAUUUAUGUUUUUCUUUUUCUUAAGCCAAAAUCUCGUAUAUGAAUCUCAUUUAAAUAUAGCUUAAGCCAUUCUUAUUCUUAAGCAUCCACUAUGAAUACGGUCCUUAAUUUUUUUGAAAAUUGUUCUAAUAAGCUAGCAAAUAUUUAAAAAAAAUUAUAUUUUUACUAUUUCC